GACUAAAAUGUAAAAAUGUUAAAAGAAGUUGUUGAUAAUGAGUUGCUGUGUUUCAUAACAUUUUAUUUCCUCUCUGCAGUAAUAUACAGCACAAAACUAUACCGGUUCUUCAAAUAUAUAGAAAAUCGAGAUGUUGCCAAAUCAGUUUUAAAGGAGAGAGGACUGAAGAAAAUAAGAUUAGGCAUUGAAGGUUACCCCACGUAUAAAGAGAAGGUGAAGAAGCGUCCUGGUGGCCGUCCUGAGGUCAUCUACAACUAUGUCCAGAGGCCCUUCAUCCGCAUGUCCUGGGAGAAGGAGGAGGGCAAGAGCCGCCAUGUUGACUUCCAGUGUGUCAAAAGCAAGUCCAUCACUAACCUGGCUGCAGCUGCUGCAGAUAUCCCCCAGGACCAGCUGGUCAACAUGCACCCUGGCCCUCAGGUGGACGAGCUGGACAUCCUCCCCAACCAGCCCCCCAGCGAACCCCAGUACAGCUACAACAACGAUGCUGGUGACCCAGACGCCCCCUCUCCCGCAGUCUGAGGACUGCCCCCUCCCUGACACCUCCCUCCCCAGCGUACUGCAGCAUGGAGCGAGAGGGGGAUCAAUAUAGAGGGGGAUCAUAACCAUAUUGCCUUGGCACCUCCUCCACAGCCUUAGAGCCUCAAGGAUCUGGUCGACUGUAAAAACCCUAUAAGGGACUAGACUGGCAAAAGGGCAUAUUUCUAUUAUUUCUU